AUGACAAAAGAGGAGCAGCACUACGUGAAGAAAGUGCAGUUAAACCAGACUUUAGAAAUUCCAUGCCUUGAGGACAUGACCUCAGAAAAUUUGUCCAAUUAUCCUUUGAAAUGGCUAGUGGAGGAAAAUGGCAGGAAAGAGGAACUCGUGACCAAGGAGCCCUCCUGUCCUGCAGUGUACAGGAAUGGCAGCAAGCUUUAUGGGCAAAGGGUCCUCCUGGGUUUGGAUAAUGCUCUAAAGAUUUUCCCCACCAAAAUCACAGAUGAUGGCAGGGUGUUCUCCUGCCAUGUGGUGUACCACCCAGAGAGAGUCCAGAAGAGCAGCACCACUGUGAGAGUAUUUGCCUACCCUGAGAUCUCUAUUAGCCUGCAGGAGGGCUCAGCUGGCACCUUGCAGAAGCCUAACAUGAGCUGUGUUGUGAGGAAGGUGUUUCCCAAGCCAAGCCUCAUGUGGUACGUGGACAGAGCCAGCCUGACAGAGCAGCCCAGAGAAAUUUCUGUCGAACAAGAAGACUUGCAAGACAGUGAAGGUUUCUAUCAGCUGAGAUCAACACUGAUGUUGCAAGGGACCCAGCAGACACAUAAGACAUUCUCAUGUGCAUGUCUGUUUUCCUUCCUUGGGAAUGAAAAACGGAGUAUUUCAUCAGAAGAGAUAAUUGUUUCCUUCGACCUUGGAAAUUCAGCACUUCCAUCAGCUGUCAUGACUACCUCAGAACAUCAGUCGUCAUCUUCGGCUUUUCUGGAUUUCACAAGUCAAGCAAGCUUGACUCCUGCUUCCACGACACAAGGUCUGAUUUCUACUGCAAAGACAAAAAGCUAUACCAGUGCCACAGCAUUCAAUGAGAGCUUGACAACAGCAUAUUUGAACAAUUUCACUACUGAAUCCCAGCAAAGCCUUGGGAAUACCACGCGCUCCUCUGAGAACACAACCCCGGCGCAUCGUAACCUGUCCUUCAGCAUCACAGACCAGCCAAUUUCGGUUACCAGAGGGAAAGAUUUCCUUACUACCAGCAGUCUACUCAAUAGCACUGGUGGUGUGAGGAACACAAAAGCUGGUCACUUCCCCUGGCCAGCAGUGGUAGCCGUCCUACUCCUCUUCUGCAGUUUUCUAAUAGCUUUAGGCAUCAGGAAAUGGUGUCAGUACCAGAAAGAGAUUAUGAAUAGGCCUCCAUCUUUCAAGCCACCGCCACCUCCGAUAAAGUACACCUCCAUGGUGGAGUCUGAUGGGACUCCCCCAUCCUGCCACGAACUGGAAAACCUGUAA